AUGAGCGCAGCGUAUCGCGUGCCGUGGCGGGCGUUCAAGAUUGAACCCGCCACGGUAAUCGGGAAAACACCCAAAGCCACACCUGGCUCUCCGUUCGCUCUUUCGGGCCCACGAUCCUCAGCUCGCCCCGUAUACAGCACUUCGCAAUGGUCUUCUUGGGCUGCUCGUCGAUCGUUCUCCGCCAAGGCGCCUCUCCGGUCGGGUGAACAGCCUACCUCCGGGAAAGCCACAGGAUCGCAGCGGAAGCUGAUCAAGUGGUUGGCUAUCGCUGGUGUUGUCGGUAUAGGCGCUGUCGCGUUCUCUGAACAGGCGGGACAUGCAUUUGGUGCGGCGAAGCGCAGUGGCCGCGUUGUGGGUACAUUAGCUGUCUGUAUCAAUGAUUACCGCGUCACCCUCAAGCAAGAUGCUUCCAGUCCCGAAGAACACGAAGCGUUGAUUCGUGCAUGUCACCAACGCUGCGCCGAGCGGACCCUUCGCGUGCUCGAGAAGAAUGGCUCGAUCUUCAUCAAGUUGGGUCAGCACCUCAGCAGUAUGGGAUACCUGCUGCCCAUUGAGUGGACCUCGACUUUCAUUCCGCUACAAGACAAAUGUCCCGUUUCGUCCAUUGAGUCUAUUAACGAAUUAUUCCGCAAAGACACCGGCCAAAGCAUCGACGAGCUCUUCGACUCCUUCGAACCGACACCUACUGGCGCUGCUUCUCUGGCCCAGGUGCACAUCGCUACGCUGAAGGAAAACGGACAGAAGGUCGCUGUCAAGGUACAACAUCCCGCGCUCGACGAGUGGGUGCCACUUGACCUCGCUUUAACUCGAUUCACUUUCUCCAUGCUCAAGCGCUUCUUCCCGGACUAUGAUUUGGAAUGGCUGUCAAAGGAAAUGGACUUCUCGCUGCCCCAGGAAUUGGACUUCCGCAUGGAGGCGCAGAAUGCCACUCACGCAAGCGACUAUUUCAAAAAGCACUCUGACUCUCCAUUGGUUAUUCCCGAAGUGAUCUGGUCCCAGAAACGUAUACUGGUGAUGGAGUACAUCGCCGGCCAGCGCCCGGACAACCUUGCCUACCUUGACGCGAACAACAUCGACCGUGACGAAGUCUCCGCCGCCCUAGCCCACAUUUUCAACGAAAUGAUCUUCGGCGAAGACGCCCCUCUUCAUUGUGAUCCACACGGCGGCAACAUUGCCAUCCGACCGAACCACACACGCUCGCACCCGAACUUCGACAUCGUCCUGUACGACCACGGCUUGUACCGCAACAUCGACCGAGACCUGCGCCGCAACUAUGCCAAGCUCUGGCUGGCUGUCAUUGACGCCGAUGUUCCCCGGAUGCGCGAGUAUGCGCACAAGGUCGCCGGCGUCACGGAUGAGCAGUUCCCGCUCUUUGCGAGCGCCAUCACAGGGCGUGAUUACAGCGUGCUCACAAAGAAGAGUGUGGUGUCUUCGCGUACGGCGGAAGAGAAGGAUGACAUCUCCGGCGCUUUGGGUGAAGGCAUGUUGCAGCAAUUAGUUGUUUUGCUGGGACAGGUUCCGAGGAUCAUCCUGCUUAUCCUCAAGACCAACGAUUUGAGUAUGUUUUCUGCGCUCACGCUCUUCGUCCCUACAGUGGCUAAUACCCUUCCAGCGCGAAGUUUAGAUGAGAAUUUGCAUACUCGUCAGGGUCCGAUGCGCUCGUUCCUGAUUCUGGCGCGGUAUGCCACCCGCACUGUCUUCCAAGAGCAGAUGGAGUUGAUCAAGGAGUCUGGCGGAGUCUUUGCCAAUUUCUUCCGUUUCCUCUGCGCCUAUACCAGCUACCUCCGCGUUGAGGUCAAGCUUUCUGUCUAUGAGACUCUGUUGUCUCUGAAGACUCGUUUCGGCAUCCGCAGUGCUUAG